CCAGGUGGAAGGGAGGGAGAAAGGAGAAAGAGAUGAUUGAGUCAGAGAUAGUGAGAGAGGCAGCAGGUACCAGGUGGAAGGGAGGGAGAAAGGAGAAAGAGAUGAUUGAGUCAGAGAUAGUGAGAGAGGCAGCAGGUACCAGGUGGAAGGGAGGGAGAAAGGAGAAAGAGAUGAUUGAGUCAGAGAUAGUGAGAGAGGCAGCAGGUACCAGGUGGAAGGGAGGGAGAAAGGAGAAAGAGAUGAUUGAGUCAGAGAUAGUGAGAGAGGCAGCAGGUACCAGGUGGAAGGGAGGGAGAAAGGAGAAAGAGAUGAAGUAGUCAGAGAUAGUGAGAGAGGCAGCAGGUACCAGGUGGAAGGGAGGGAGAAAGGAGAAAGAGAUGAA